AAUCACUACUAUCAGAUGUUUAUAGUGUUUUGUUUAACUUUGCUGUAUUCUGAUUCGUGUAAAAUUUACAUAGCAUUUAAUUCCAAAGGGAUACAGAAAUAAAAGAAUAACUAAAGUCAUGCAAAUAACAAUAAAAGUUUUAAAAGGGCAGGAUUUCACAUUGGAGGUGGAAUCGGCAACUACAAUUUUAGAAAUAAAAAACGAAAUUGAGAACAAACUACAGAUUCCAUUAUCUGAACAAAAGUUGCUUCUCUUUGGCCGUACUUUAAAUGAUGAAAACACUGUCUCUUCCUAUCCAAAUAUUCGUGAUGGAAGCAAGUUGAAUUUGGUAGUAAUGCGACAACGAAUCGAAGGAUUAAGAGAGGUAAUACAUCGUUCAUUCCGUAAGUACUACAAUGAACAGCAAACGGAUAAACUGGUAUCUGCAUUCAUGUCCGACUUCGAGGCGAAUUUAAAACAAAUGAGUUUGGAUGAUAUAGACCGAUUAUCGGAGAAUUUGAUAAUUGCAUAAGAAAUGAAACUUACAAGAUAAGCAGGCAAUAUCUGUACCUAAACUAAACUAAAUAUUUGCUU